AUGGCAAAUUCUCUAGCUAAUGUUUUUGGCAUUCUUGGAAACAUUAUGUCCUUCAUGGUGUUCUUGUCUCCACUGCCAGCUUUCCAUGUGAUAUAUAAGAGAAAAUCAUCAGAGGGUUUUCAAUUCAUUCCUUACUCAGUUGCAUUGUUCAGCUGUAUGAUAUAUUUAUACUACGCAUAUGUGAAGAAGCACAUGCUCUUGCUGGUUACUAUUAACAGCCUUGGAGUGGGUAUAGAGUGUGUAUAUCUCACCAUCUACAUCAUUUAUGCAACCAAACAGGCCAAGAUUUUCACCAUUUGGGUGCUACUUAUCUUCAACGUUGGAGCUCUGGGGAUCCUCCUGGUUUUCACCUACCUAUUUUCGACGGGUGAGAGGCGGGUUAAAAUUGUUGGAUGGUCUUGUUCUACCUUCUCCAUCUGCGUUUUCGCAGCUCCUCUUAGCAUUAUGAGGAAAGUUAUAAGGACAAAGAGUGUAGAAUACAUGCCGUUUCUAUUGUCCUUCUUCCUUACACUCUGUGCUGUGGUUUGGUUUUUCUACGGCGUCUUAAUUCACGAUUACUAUGUAGCUACGCCAAAUGUACUAGGAUUUGCAUUAGGAAUAGCACAAAUGAUCCUAUAUGCAAUAUACAGAAAACGGAAGACUCAAGCUUUGCCAGUGGCGGCGCUAGAUGCUAGGAUUCAAGACAUAACAGCGACGGAGAUGCCGGAAAGACCAACAAAACAAGAAGCCGUCACGGUUCCGGCAGCCAUGCACGACGGGAGAAACGGCAGUGCUACCCAUGAUGACAAAAAUAACAAUCAUGAAAUUAUGGAUAUAUGA